UGAAGAUAAUGAAAAGAGAUCAAUCUCAUAACUCCUUUAAACAAUACAAACUAAAGAGUUGGGCAAACAAGGACCCCUAGAUACACCAGAAGUGGGAUCAAGUUCCUUGGAGGAGUAUGCAUCCCUUGUCGACAAGUCACACCCGUCGUGAGCCUUAUUUCAUUCUUUUAUUUAUCUAUCAACAGAUGUUAAAAAGAUUCACCAAACCUGUUUUUCUGGUGGCUCAUCAUGUAUGUCCUGACACGAUAUGGUAAUGAACAGUGAUCAAACUCCUAAAUCCUGCUUUUCCUUAUUUUCCACUGUACAAGCUUCUGCACAGUUUCAUGAAAGUCGAAGAUAACGAACAGCGAUCAAUCUCAUAACUCAUAUAAGCAAUACAAAAUAGAAAUUUUGGCAAACACGGACCCCUGAACAUAGCAGGUGCCUAAGAGGAGUAAGCAUCCCCUGUCGACCGGUCACAUCCGCCGUCAUUUCAAAACAAUUGCAACACAUACCAAUCUUCUACGUUAAAUAUUUUUUAUAUUAGAUGCAAAAAAGUUUAAUAUAUCAGACACUCAAAAGCCUUAGAGAUUUUAAAAGUAUUUUGCUGCAUUGAUGAAACGCUAGCGUUGUCAACAUCAACAAGUGAAGAUAACGAACAGUGGUCAAUCCCAUAAAUCCUACACAGAAUAAAAAAUUAAGGCAAGGGCAAAUAGAGACCCAUGGAAAUACCAGAAGUGGGAUCAGGUGCCUAGGUUGAGCAAGCAUUCCCUGUUGGCCGGUCAUCCUCACUUUUCACUUUGUUUUAGGUGUAAAUGUAACACAUCAGAAAAACUCGUGGUGCAUGGAAAGUAUAAUAUUGUGAGAUUUAAAACUUAACCAUUUAACUGAUGUAAAAUAUGAUAUUAAUUAAAAAUCACCUGGAAAAAUGAAACUGCGAAAUUUGCACUUUUAAACACCUACCGAGUGGCCAUCUUUUAAACACGUUUAUCCAAGGAGUUAAUCUAAUAGGCAGUGCAAAUGCAAAUGUAUUCAAAAUGACAGAGAAAAUAUCACUGGUAUCCAUUUUUUCGUUUGUGAUUGUGACGAAAUCUAAUAUUCACUCAGCUAAGAAAUUUGGUCAUCAUCUUCAUUAAGAUCAUCUCUAACUUUAAUGUGUCUCAAAUGAAUCGUUACGAUUGAUGUCCAAAUGAAAAAGUGAGAGAAAAAACGAACAGUGAUCAAAUUUCAGUUUUUCAAUAUUUCAACUCAAGGAAAUUAUCAUUUAUUGUAACUUAUUGUAUUUUUGUACCUCAUCUUUAUUUCUUAUUCAAUAUCUUAAUACGCACGGAUAUAUUUUGCCAAUUAAAAAUUUUCAAAAUCAUGGAAGAAUGCAAGAACACAUCGAACUUUUCUAUUUCCGGAUACCAGGCAUUGCGCCAUCGAUUUCCACACUGAUAUAUCCAAUGAAGAUCUAUUCUAAAUGGCCUUAGAAUUCCAUAAAGCACAGGAGCUUUGGCAAGAACAAGCACAUAUUGAAGCUGAAAAUAAUUUUAGAUUACGGUAUCAACAUGGCCGAGGACCUUGUAAUGUCUUUAUAUUGGACACAUCGUCAAGUCUUGGGGAAGACGGCUUCACUCAGAUGAAAGAUGUAUUUAAAACUAUACUAGAUGAGUAUGCCUGUUACCCAGACAUAGACGAGAACGUGUGUGUCAUUGUUUGUGGAAAGAACACCAGAUUUCAGCAUUACUAUUCAAAUCAAUACUCUGAUAUCAAAAAUUGUAUCGAUGACGUGGACUUUGGAGGAUUAUCUCCCUUGACUGCAGCAUUUUUCCUUUCAAUUGGAGGAUUAAAGGGCGCCACCAAAGUAAUGGGUGAAUUUCAUAUUCAUCCACGAAUAAUUCUAAUUUCGGAUGGAAAACCGACAAAUUUCAGGUGUACUCGUGAUGGUGAGGACUCCCCUCUUUCUGGGGGAGAUGAGGAUAAAGAUCACCUGUUGCAACUGACUAGGAAACUCGGCAGGCGCCAUCCCAUAUUUUGUAUACCUAUUGGAAAGGACCCGGAUGUGGUACUUUUGGAAUUUAUCAGCGCUCAGUCAAGAGGAGGAAAGAUGGUGUAUCCAUCUGAGGCUAAACAAUUUGCAAAAUACUCUAAGAAUAUGCAAACAGCGGCUAUGUUGUCCUUCACGAUGAAAAAUGAUGGUAAUGACAGAGACAUGAUAUUAAUGUCGUUGGCAUGCACAUUUCCUGACGAAGAAUUCACCGAAAUGGAUCAGGAUGAUAUUCUUGAUAUAUGUUCAAAGAAAGGAUUAUAUAAUUCGUGGGAUGAAAUAAUCGAAGAGGAACUCGAUGUAGCUGAUCAUGUGUUUAAAGAAAGAGACCCACGCAUGCCCUCCCUGGGUGCAAGAGUUAGAAGAGGGCCUGAUUGGAAAUGGAAUAAUCAAGACAGUUAUGGACCCGGCACAGUCGUCGGACACUUGGAAGACUGUGGGUGGCUAAAUGUGGAAUGGGAUACUGGUAUGAUAUAUGGUUAUAGAUACGGAUCAACACAAAUCGAAAAAGACAAAUUUGACAUCUCAGUAUGUGACGAACCACGGAUAUUACAAGAUGAAAUGAUAGCUGUCGGUUGUUUGGUCAAACGAGGUCCAGACUGGAUGUGGGGAGAUCAAGAUGGCGGUGAAGGGACCCUCGGUUCGGUGUACAGAGUAAAACGCAAUGGAACGGCUUAUAUCCGAUGGUUAAACGGUCAGACCAGUCAUUACAGGUUUGGAUACCAGGGAAAAUUCGAUCUUCAGAUAUGCGAUCCCUUCUCAUCAGAAUCGAGAGAAUACCUCCAAGAUCAGAAAAGGAAAGCUAUUUUGAAUCGCUCUCAAGAUUUCUCCUGUACUCCGAAAAAUGGAGGCUACUCCGCUUCAAGUGCAUCUCCUCGAGACCAUGAUUUAAAAUCUGGAGGGAAACCAUGUGAUUCUUUAUUGGUUAGUCAUCAAAGAAUACAAGUAUUAAAGGGGUGUUAUUUCAAAAAUGACAGAAAUUAUGAUGAACCGUCGUCAGACAUUGAAUCUGAUGGUGCAAUAGAGGUAUCAUCAGCCAAUGCUAUAAAUCAAUGGAUGUGGAAAGAUUGUGAUGGAAGAUGGAAUCCGUACCCCAGAAAGAUAAAUGACAGAAUUAACCAGUGUUACAGGAGAAACCCAAAUUCUACUGUAGUUGUGACAAUUAAAGAACAUUCUUUCAGAGUGGUGAUGUCCAAAAAUAUUCAGAUAGAUUUAAUGACCAGAGAGACUUUCGAGGUGAAAUUUGUCAAAAAUGAAUAAAUCUAGCUGUGUUCAUCUCCAGUUACAAAAA